AUGUCGAGCUGCUCCGACGAUCCGUUGGAUUCACUUUUUCAUUACGAGCCGAGCCGCGUAGAUGCCGAGGCGAGAGGUACGGCAGAAUCCUCUGAGGCAUCUGUUUCGCCGAGCCCCUCCAAUCGUUCAUCUGACGAAGCGUCAAACCAUGCAAACCCAUCAGAUGUCGGCUCUCCGGAUGGCGAGCCGUCGGUUUCGACGAGCCGUCCCCAGGAUCCCAUUCCUGAUGAGGACAUUAACCGCGCCGCACUCAAGGCCGAGGAGGAGGCAUUUCCCUUUGACCUUUUCGAGGCGAAGCUUGAAUUGGAACGUCUCAUGGCGUCCCGAGGUGCUUCCACAUCUGGCCGAGGGCCAAGAGUUAAGAGACAAAAACCUGACCCGCCUGGCUCUACGCUCUGCUCCCUUGAGUCGCUCGAGGCGUUGAGGCAUCGCUUCGGGAUAUCCGAGGCGGUGGAGUUCGUCGUUCCAGAGAAGAGUGACCGUGCCGACAACCCUCCAGAGAAUCAUUUCACUCUGUACGAGGCGUUCUUCGAGCUUUGCUUCCUCUGGUUCCCGAUCCCCGGAGUGAUCCUCGAAUAUCUCUGGAAACACGGGAUCUCGAUUGGGCAAAUCAUGCAAAGGGGAUUACGGCAUAUGAUUGGCAUCUUAGUUCGAAGCUUCGAGUGCGGAGUUGAUAUCGAGCUGAAUCACCUGCUGAACUUGCUGGAAGUCAGGAAAGCUCCGAAGGGAAAUAGAUUCUAUAUUUCCAACAAGGCGAAGCGACGGAUCAUCGGCGGUUUUCCCAGCAAGGAUCAGUUUUGGACUGAACGCUUCUUCUACGUCUUGGUGAACGAGGCGUCGGUCGGCGAGAAUUGUGUUCAAAGAACCAAGACCGCUUGGGGACCACUUGUUCGGUGCUUUCUUCCCCCGAUUCCCGACGACCUCUUUACUGUUCGAGACUCUCUUUCGGCGCGGAAGGUUAAUUGGAGAAAGAACUUCACCCUCGAAAGAGUAGAAAAAGCGCGAGCCAUCCUUGCCGGAGUCCCCGUCAGCUCUUCGUCGUCAUGUUCUUCAAAGGAUACCCGAGACAAGAUGGUGAUAAUCGCUCUUAGAGAAAGGAAGAGGCGCGAGCCGAGGUGGUUAAGAAAUGCAGCGCCCGAGGUGGAACCGGGCGAAAUUGUUCCCGAAGCGUCCGGGGAUGAUUCGGCGGUGCGGAGCAAAACUCCUUCAAACUCCGCCAUUUUAGCCCUCCCGAAGUCGACAAGGCCCCCGACUUCGGUCGUUCAGAAACACGACCCGAUCCGGAAACGUUCGGCCGCUGACAAGGGGAAGGGCGUUGCUGUUCAGAAGGACGAGCCGUCCAAGAAGAGGCGGAAACCGACGCCCGGGGACCCCGCCGCGCGCAAGUUGGUCGUCGACGACUCCGACGCCUCCGCCAUCAUGUUCUUGUGUGUAAAUAACGCGAACACGCGUCUUCCUCCUCCGGAAAAGUUGAGGAGGCCGAGGUCAUAUGGCGCGAUGGCGCAGCGCGGUACCAAGUUUGUCGCAGCCAUUAAUGACCUGAUGGCCGAAUACGAGGCGGACCUGUCUAGGGUCGAACCGUCAGAGGCAAAGCUAGAAGAGUCUCAGACCGAAGCCGCGGCGGCAAAGGGGAAACUGGACGAGGCGGUGGCCAGGGCUUCCAAGCUGGAAGAGGAGAAGAUCAUUCUGCGCGCCAACGUUGACAAGGUCUCCACCUCGGUCAUUCGCCUCGAGGAGGCGAGGAGGGCUAAAAGCACCGAGGUGGCGAUGCUGAAGAGGCGUAUCGAGGCCAAGGACGCCUUGUUCGAUGCCAAGGUCAAGAGGGCGAAAAAGGAGGCGAGGCGAGAGCUUACGGCGAAGUUUCAGGAACGCCUUGCCAAGGUGGAGGAGGGUUUGGUCAGGCUUGAGAAGGCCAAAAAUGACGAGAACGAUCUGGGGCAGAUCAAGGGCAAUCUUGCGAUGAUUGCCGACCUGAAGAAGCCGGAUGCCCCGAUGCUUGGCGACGCGGAGGCGAAGCUGAAAAGCUGGGAGAGUGAGUAUGCCGACGACAAGGCGUACGAGCGUAUUGCUUCCGAGAUUCAAGGCGAGCUGUAUUACUCUCCCGUAUCGCCGGACUCAGUCGACACCACCCUUGGCAACGAGCCGCUCGAGGAAACAGCGGCCAACUUAGGCAUCGUAGAUCCGAAUGGAUCGAACGCGGGCACGCCGGUCCUCUCAAACCUCCUCGCCGAGCGUGAAAUGCAGUCCGCGGCGUGA